AUGUUUAGAAAAGCUAAGAUUAUGACAGAAAUUAAGAGGAGAAGUUCUUUCCAGGUUCCAUCAGCUAACUUGAAUGUAAGGCCAAAGUCUGAUGAAGUUAUUGAUAAGAUCUCAGAUUAUGUAGUUAAUAAAAAAAUCACCUCGACUCUUGCCAUGGAUACUGCAAGAUUAUGUUUUCUGGAUACUAUUGGUUGUGGACUUGCUGCAUUGCAACAUGAACAAGCUCGUAAAAUUAUUCAACCUAUUGUUCCAGGGACAGUAGUUCCAAAUGGGACGAAAGUUCUAGGUACAAAUCUGGUGAUGGAUCCAGUAGACGGUGCAUUUGCAGUGGGGUCUCUUAUUCGUUGGUUAGAUUUUAAUGAUUGUUGGCUAGCUGCAGAGUGGGGUCAUCCUUCUGAUAACCUUGGUGGAAUUCUUCCAGUAGCAGAUUAUUUGACAAGACUAUCUAGAGCCACUGGUGGUAAGGAAGGUAAAAUAUUUACAGUCAAGGAUAUCUUAGAGAACAUGGUAAAAGCACAUGAAAUACAGGGAAUAUUAGCUUUGGAUAAUUCUUUUAAUAAAGUUGGGCUGGAUCACGUUGUAUUGGUUAAAGUUGCUACCACAGCUGUUGUGUCUAGAUUAUUAGGGCUAUCUAAAGAACAAAUCAACACUGCUGUUUCCCAUGCCUUUGUAGAUGGACAGUCCUUAAGAACUUACAGGCAUGCCCCAAAUACGGGGUCAAGAAAAUCGUGGGCGGCCGGUUAUGCUGUUGCAAGAGCAGUUCAUUUAUCUUAUCUAACUAAAAACGCACACAUUGGUGAGAUUCCUUCCGUGUUAACAGCAAAAAGAUGGGGGUUUUACGAUGUCCUGUUUAAUGGUAAACCAUUCUCUUUCAAGCAAAGGUCCGAAUUUGAUUCCUACGUUAUGGAAAAUAUUUUGUUUAAAAUUUCAUUCCCAGCAGAGUUCCAUGCUCAAACUGCGGUUGAGGCAGCAAUUGAGGCAAAUAAAGUUUUAAAGAACAUGAAUAAAUCAUAUAAGGACAUAAAAUCUGUCAUUAUUAAAACCCAGAAGGCAGCCUUAGAGAUUAUUGACAAAAAGGGGGACCUUUAUAAUUAUGCCGAUAGAGAUCAUUGUAUACAGUAUAUGAUUGCUUUCCCAUUAAUAUAUGGACGUUUAACUGCUACUGAUUAUUCGGAUGAAAACGCAUCAAAUACUGAAAUAAAUGUACUAAGAAAUAAGAUGACAUGUGAGGAAGAAACGACAUUUACCACCGACUAUUAUGAUCCUAAAAAAAGAUCAAUUGGUAAUUCAUUGGUCAUAGAGCUGGAAGAUGGCACAGUUUUAGAUGAAAUCAGAGUGGAGUACCCAAUUGGCCAUAAAUUCAGAAGAGAAGAGGGCAUACCAUUAAUUUGGGAAAAAUUCCAAAGACAUGUAAAAGAACAUUAUGGAGAAAACAAUGAACAAGUAGAACAAAUUCUGUCAGUCACAAAAACAUCUGAUUUUGUUGAUCUAGAGAUCGAUAAAUUUGUGGAUAUGCUUGCACAGAAGUAA